GUACUUGAUAGGUGUGUAGUAAUCUGUAGAUUAAAUACAGGUACAUAUUAAUUUGUUUUAAGUCUUCAAAGAAACUAGCCAAGGGAUACAAGUAAUCGUGUUCAGGUGUAAUAGCAUGUCAAUAUCUGACAGAUAUCGUUAUAUUAUUUAAUGAACUUGUCCUUUCUAUAGUGAUGAUUUGAUUUGUCCAACUAAUUCUAUCACUUCUGGAUGGAUUAAAUUGUGAAAGUAAUAAAAAGCAUAAAAACUUAAUCAGAUUUCUGGAACUGCAGAUAGCAGAUAAGAAAGUAUAGUAAUGAAAGCUUUAUGUAGAAUUGCAGAUAUUUAGUGGAAGUUGGAUUGUAACCAUAUCACAAGUGCAACAAAUUAUAGAAUUUUAGUGUUGAGAAAAUUUCAAUAUCCUGAGAGUUUAUUGCUAUUUUGUGUUCGUUACUUUCACAAAUUGGAGAAAAUUUGCUAGAAAGUUUUAGGAUCUCUGAGUUUAGGAUAAUGGAAGCUGAAUGUGGUGAUUUGGCUGAUCUUAAGGCAUACAGAACUAGUCUGAUCCAAAGUCGGCGCCACACCCUCGCCAAUGUACGUUUUGAUGUAGAAAAUGGAACUGGCCCAGGUCGUCCUACCCUUGAAGGUUCAAGUCCGUCUUCCAGUCGUCUUGUCCUACAAAACCUUCCACAGAGACGAGAAUCUUUUCUCUAUAGAUCAGACAGCGACUAUGACUUGUCUCCAAAAUCAGUGUCCAGACACUCAUCCAUGCAAAGUGAGAUGUCACCACCGACACCAACAUCACACACCACUAAAGGUCCCCAACAUGCUGAUGACCUUAUUGUAACCCCUUUUGCACAGAUCCUUGCCAGUUUACGAAGUGUACGCAACAACUAUAUAUCAUUAACCAAUGUACAGGCUCCAAGAGAAAGAUCGAGAGGUGCCUCUAACCCUUCAGGAUCUCACAUUCAUGGUCGAGGUUCAACGGGUCAAGAAAACAACAAAAUACCAGAUGAAAAAUACUCACAAAUGGCCCUGGAUACCUUAGAGGAACUAGACUGGUGUUUGGAUCAACUAGAAACCAUACAGACUCACAGAUCUGUCAGUGACAUGGCAUCGAGCAAGUUUAAACGUAUGCUGAACAGAGAACUGAGUCAUUUUGCUGAAUCAAGUAAAUCCGGAAACCAAAUAGCAGAAUAUAUAUGUAACACAUAUCUAGAUAAGCAGCAAGAACUUGAUUUACCAACAGUCAAAGUAGAUGAACCUCAAGUCAAAAGGAAAGAAGAAGAACCAGAGAAAGACUCAAAGAAGAGUCCUAUGACCCAGAUUAUUGGGGUUCGCAAAAUGAAACAUGCGAACAGUUUUACUGGAAUUGUACCUAAAUAUGGCGUAGAACCAACUAAUGCUGACCUUUUAGCACAGACUUUAACUGAUAUUAAUAAAUGGGGUGCUGAUGUCUUUAAAAUUGCUGAAUACUCUGGGAAUCGACCUCUAACCUGUUCUACUUACAAAAUAUUUCAGGAACGAGACUUACUAAGUAUGUUUAAGAUUCCUGCUACCACACUGUUGAACUACCUGAUGCAUUUAGAAGAUCACUAUCACCGUGACAACCCAUAUCAUAAUUCUACACAUGCUGCUGAUGUCACACAAUCUACACAUGUGUUACUGUCCUCACAGGCAUUAGAGAAUGUGUUCACAGAUCUUGAAGUUUUAGCGGCCAUUUUUGCAAGUGCUAUACAUGACGUAGAUCAUCCUGGGCUCACAAAUCAGUAUUUAGUUCACACAGGUUCAGAACUAGCACUGAUGUAUAACGAUGAGUCUGUUUUAGAAAACCAUCACCUCGCUGUAGCAUUCAAACUUUUACAAGAAGACAAUUGUAACAUUUUCGUCAAUUUAAGUGAUAAACAACGUCAGACAUUAAGAAAAAUGGUAAUCGAUAUGGUGUUAGCUACGGACAUGUCAAAACACAUGAGUUUAUUAGCCGACUUGAAAACAAUGGUAGAAACAAAAAAAGUGGCAGGAUCCGGUGUGCUUAUGUUGGAUAAUUAUACAGAUAAAAUACAGGUGUUACAAAAUAUGGUCCAUUGUUCAGACCUGAGUAACCCCACCAAACCAAUUGAGAUUUACAAGAAAUCAGUUGAUCGACUGAUGGAAGAAUUCUUCCAGCAAGGAGAUAAAGAAAGAGAACGUGGUAUGGAUAUCAGUCCGAUGUGUGACCGACAUAAUGCUACGAUAGAAAAGUCACAGGUUGGUUUUAUAGACUAUAUAGUGCACCCUUUGUGGGAGACAUGGGCAGAUUUAGUGUUUCCCGAUGCUCAAGAAAUAUUAGACACUUUAGAGGACAAUAGAGAUUGGUAUCAAAGCAUGAUUCCAGUCAGUCCGUCAGCAAGUUUCUCAACACGGAAACGGAACUCAGAUAAAGAAGAGGAAACAAAAUUUCAGUUUGAUAUGGACGAAGUUAAAGACAAUAAUUGUGAUAGUGCUCAGACUUUAAAAGUUUCUACGCCAAAGACGCAUUAGUUUUAUGUGAUAUUUUGUUUUAAGGGAGAGCACUCUGUGAUUAUUUAUUUUUUCUUGGGUUGUUAUUUGCGUUUAGGUGCUCAGGGAACUUGCAGUACCCAAUGAAAACUGAACGAAAAACUUAAUUUGCUGAUUUUGCAACGAAACAUGCAAGACUUAUUUAUUUGCCAUUGUAUUUGUUUUUCUGAAUUUUUUAAAUAUGUUUGAAGGUCAGCUUCAAAGCUCUUCCUUUAUUGCAUCAAUUUCAUCCAAUACUUUUUCUCUUUGAGUACUAUGUAGGUUGUCUUCCAGAAAAUUAUAUUUACUGCUCUGCUGAAACUAUUUAUUUUGAAAGUAAAAAUAAGAAUUAUAGCAAGAGUACUAAAGCUUUUCUUCUUUUCUUUUUUUAUCAUUAUUUAUUUUUAUUUUAAAUUCUUCCAUUGAUGUUGAAAAGUUUAUAGAAUUUUUUAUUUAUAUUUAUUACUUUUCUUGUUGUGACUUAAUCUAUGUAAAAAAAGUUGAACACAGAAUUUAUUUUAAAAAAUUUAAUGAAAUUAUCUCCAUUUUACUUACUGGUGUGAUGGAGAGGUUAAAACCUGAAAAGUGGAAAAAAUUGUUUAGCAAGGGAGAUAAACUUAUCUUCAACAAGAGAAGAUAACUCAUCUGUGAUCUCAUAUCAAAUUUUAUCUGUAAAUAACGGAAAUGUAUUUAAGUUUUUGCAUUAUUUAUAAAUAUGUAAAUAUGAUACAGUUUAUUAUGUAAGCAUUACUCAUUGUUUGAAGAUAGCCAUGACAUCUGACCAGUACUACUAUAUCUGUUGUCAGUGUAUUUAUAUUCUAGGAUUUACAUAGAAAAGUUAGCAUUUAGGAACACUUCCCCCAACAAAUAAGAGAAUAGGAAGAUUCACCUAUGAAUCAGCAAGUAUAAACAACAAUUUUUCGUGUUUUUGAUAUAAAAUUAUUUGAUCUGGUGAUUGAUUGAAGUUUCCCCCUUUUGGCUUUAUUUUUCUUAAAUCCACUUGAGUUACUGCUUAUUUUAAAGCAUACUUAAAUAAGUUUUGACUCUAUUUUCAUCAAGGCUGUUUCGUCUAUCAUUUAUGCAAGAGACUUUUCAGAAUGACCUGUAGUUAUACUCAGAAACAUGUAGUAAUUAGUUUCCCCUAAAAAAAACAGAAUAAUAAUUAUAAUUAGCCAUAGUUUGUCUGUCAAUCAUUGAUAAAUUUAAUUUCAAUCAUAAAAAAGUGAGUUUUCAUUUGUUAAACUUAUUAAUUGUGUGAAGAUAUAUUUUUGUUCGGCUCAGUGUUAGAAAAAUAAGAAAAGAAAGCCAUUUGAUGUUUACAAUUAUGCAUGUUGUUAAGCUUAAAAAAGAACAUAUACAUUUUACGUGUGUUAUAAGAACAGCUGAUACUUGUAGACAUACAAUUUAUGCAAAUUACCUUCACCUUUCGACAGGUGUCUUUCUAAUGUAUUUUAUCAGUGUAAAGCACUGUUAUAGUUGCUAUUUUCUCCUUUAUUCUCAUAAAAACCUCUGAUGGGAAAGACAAUACAAUAUAAACCCCAAUUAUAUGAUUGGGUAGACACGAUAUUUUUCAUUACUGGUAAACACUAUAGUGCAAUAUUUGAUCAUCGUCAUAUGUAAUAUAAUAUUCAUUGUUAUUGAUAAGCUACAGCAGUAAUUCCCGGGUAUGUACAGUGUGUCCCAGGUUGUGAGGAAAGUCAUUUUCUUUGCAAUACUUUCUCCACUGAUAAUUCUGGUCUACUGUACAGGUAAGAUUUUAUAUGAAACAUACCAUGUUAAUGAUUGUUAACUAAAUCUUUUGAUUUUAGUGUAAAUCAAAUUCAACAUUUGUUAGAUAUUUAUAUAUGGUGUUUAUGUAUAGUAAUAUCUAGCAUGUUUUAAUAAGUGCUGAUAAGAAUAAAACAAAAUCCUGUACAGUUUUCCAAAAUGUUCAUGAAGAAUUCAACAAUAUGUUUUAUUACGAUAUUUCUUGUUAGAGAUAACAAGUGGCAUUUUAUAAAAACACUGAUCUAUUUAUUGGUAGAUUAGAUAAACAGAAUUGAUUGGUCAAGUUUUUCCAUACCAUUCCGGUCAUGUAUUAGAUAGAAUUGUAUUUGUACACAUUAUAGGUAGAAAUAACUACAAUAUCUAGAGGUAGAUAAACAGGCUGGUUACAGUUUUCUGAAUCAGAAAAGUGUUUUAACAUCUCUAUAGAAAUCCAAACAGCUCUGUGAUACUGAUUAAAACAUUCAGUAGAUGUUGUUGCUGAACUCAACAUUUAUACAUAAACAAUAAACAAAUUUAAGACUG